CGCGCUCCCAGUCUACGAUUGCGUUUCGACCGAACCCGGGCUUGACAAAGUUUCGGUUAAUGCAAUAAUAAUGAAUCGGCGAAAGUAAUGAACUCAUAUAUCAUUGAGCAAUGUCCUCGCUUAUAUAUCGACCGGUUGCCGCGACGGGCACCAAUACGAUCUGUCGAUGGACAUGAUUUCCGUCCUCUUCCUCGCGUGGAUUCUGAAUUCGGGUGACGCAUUCAAUGAUUUUCCAUCGCUGAUGUCCUCCAACGCCUCGAUGGCGGUCGUUGUCGACAAGAGUUUCUUCGAUAACAAGGUCGAGUAUCGCGACAUGGUAAAAAAUAUUUACAGCUUCAUCGCGGCAGUUACGAAGGAGGAGAUGAAUAUGGGUGACAUUGACGUGCACGUUUUUCGCGGAACGAAAGUGCAGAAUCUCCGAGAUUACACUGUGCUUUUAUCCGUGGCAACGUGUCAUCAAAUGUGGAGCCUUCACGAAGCGGCGCGUAAAGAGGAGCUCAUACAUUUAGCGAUAACAGACCAGGACUGUCCACGGCUUCCUGAUACGGAGGGUGUGAGUAUUCCCUUAAUAUCGCCGGGCCAAGAAUUAUCUCAGAUUUUCUUCGACAUAAAAGCGAUCGACGCUUUGCUCUGGAACAAUGUCAACAUACUGCACGACGAUACCUUCGAUAGAGACACGAUCGGCAGAGUUACAAAAGCCCUAUCGAUCCCGUUGCCAAACAAGAAAUUUAGCUUGCUCUCGAGAGCGUUAUUCGCCUUUAAGCACGCCGAUUCCGAACGUAGCAGAAGGUACUACAUAAAAGACAUGCUUGAGAGUUUUCACGUGGAUCAAUUGGGAAAGUGCUUCCUCGUAAUCGUCACAUUAGACACAGUGGCUGACGUUAUGGAAGUUACAAAGUCUUUAAAUAUGGCCCUACCAGACAGCCAGUGGUUGUACGUUGUCACUGACAGCGUAGUACGAAACUCUUCGAACAUCACCAGCUUCAUCGAUUUAUUGUCGGAAGGCAGUAACGUGGCUUUCAUUUACAAUGCGACCGACAGCGAAACAUAUUGCAAUGUCAGUUUAAAAUGCCAUAUCCAGGAGUUAGUUGCGGCGUUGGGUAAUGCUUUAAAGAUAUCGUUGAUGACUGAAAUAGAGUUGUACAGUCAUAUGAGCGACGAGGAGUUCGAACUCGUCCGAUUGAAUAAAUUCGAAAGACGUCGAGAAAUUCUCAAAAAUAUCAAAAUAAAGCUUAUCGAGGAUAAUUUCGCUACGGGCGGCGUCUGCGGUAAAUGUCUGUUUUGGCGGUUCGCCUCGGCCAUAACGUGGGGAAACUUUUUCGUUCACGGCAAGAACGUCGCGCAUUUGAUCGAUACGGGCACGUGGAUUCCUGUUCUAGGUGCGAACUUGACGGACGCCCUUUUUCCGCAUGUCGCGCACGGUUUCCGCGGGAUCAGCAUACCGGUCGCCACGUAUCACAAUCCGCCGUGGCAGACCAUCUCGUUGACCAACUCCGGCGAGAAGGAAUACGGCGGGCUGAUAUUCGACGUUAUAAAAUAUCUGGGAAAGAAAUUAAAUUUCACGUAUACCGUGCUCAGCCCGGCGAACAAUCGAACCGUCAAGUUCACUCGUAACGAGACUGCAGCCGAUGUGGUGCUAACGGCGACAACGAGAGAAAUGCCGCCGCAGAUAAUAGAUAUGAUCGUGGAGAAGAAGGUCCUACUUGCAGCCUGCGCGUACAGCGUGAACGAUCACGGAAAAGGGCAGAUCAAUUUUACCUUGCCGAUUUUUAUGCAGACGUACAGCUUUCUUACUGCAAAACCGGGCCAACUUUCUAGAGCGUUGUUGUUUACCGCGCCCUUCACCAAAGAGACGUGGGCCUGCCUGGCAGCAUCCAUUAUUAUAAUGGGCCCGAUCUUGUACCUGAUUCACAAGUACAGUCCGAGCAGCAUGAGGGUGUCCGCGGGGCUCAACUCCUCCUGGCAAUGCAUAUGGUACGUCUACGGGGCCCUUCUUCAGCAAGGGGGAAUGUACUUACCCCAUUCCGAUAGUGCUCGCCUGCUGGUCGCUGUCUGGUGGUUGGUCGUGAUGGUCGUGGUAGCGACCUAUUCCGGAAGCUUGGUCGCAUUCCUGACAUUCCCGAAUAUGGACACUGCCAUCUUGACCGUGGAUGAUCUUAUUGCUCAUAAGAGGCAUUUAACCUGGGGCUUUCCUAAUGGCAGCUAUUUAGAGGAGUAUCUAAAGAACGCCGAAGAAGAAAAGUAUCAUAUUCUUCUGGAACGUGCCCAGAUUCAUAAUGCGACGCAAGCAGUGGAUGUCAUUGAGCGGGUGAAGGCGGGCAAGCACGUGUUGAUCGACUGGAGAAGCACGUUGAGAUUCUCGAUGAGAAGCGACCUGUUAUUAACCGAGGGAUGCGCCUUUUCUUUGAGCACUGAUGAAUUUAUGGACGAGCCUAUAGCGAUGAUUAUUGGAAAAGAUAGUCCUUAUAUAAAAAUCAUCAACGCUGAGUUACACCGCAUGCACGAGUCCGGAUUAAUGAACAAGUGGAUAACGGAGCAAAUACCGAUGAAAGACAAAUGCUCGGAAAGCCUGGUCAGUCAGGGCGUAGAGGAGCGCAAAGUAAACGUCGCGGAUAUGCAAGGCAUAUUUUUCGUGCUUUUUAUGGGCGUGACCGGAUCGAUAUUUCUUUUGUGCACCGAGUUUUGCUGGCACAAACGCCAAGUGUCGAGGCGGCGCAAGUUGAUUCAGCCUUUUGUCUCUUGAAUCUCUCUUGAAACACAGCGGUGGACAGAUGAUAGAUUAAAUGCUUCUAUAUUUUCCGCGAAAUAGCUUCACCGUCGGCUAAAACAUCUGCAUACGUAAUUAGAUUUUAUCGUUGCUUGUACCUAAUGUUAAUUACAGGGACCAUUCUCGUAUGAGCACAGCGAUUCCUCGAGCUACAUGUAACGACUGCUUGAAUGUAAGUUAUAUACUUAGGCGACAUAGCUGUUUUUCAUAGAUUCCUUUAUAGUAGUCUAUACGUCUUUUUAUAGUUAAAACAAAUUUUAGAAAACUGCCUGUAAAUCAAUGUAAAGUUUACGUUUUUACGCUUAGUAAAAUUAUACUAGUUUUUAUCCUUGAAACAGAUUCGAUCGUUUAGACGUAAUUAUGUAGUGGAGAGAACUAGUUGAAAAAAUGAAUCUUUUUAUUAUAGUAUUUUUUUUAGAAAUAUAUUACAAGUAAGACUAUUUUUUUCAUUAUAUUGAAAGUAAUUAUUUAUAACUGUCCGACAAGCGUUGGCUCCAAUUUCACAUGUAAAUGAUUACCUCGAACACCUUCUGCGGU